CACACACUCCCUCACUCCAUCUGCUUUUCGAGCAUGAGCUGGCUGCUUUUUCUGCCUUCGUUGUGCAUCUUUGAGCCGUUCUGACAUGCGCUUCCCCUCUGCCUUCCUGCUGCUUUCUUUUUGCCAUCUAUCUAUCAACCCCGUACCUCACCAGGGGAGCCAGUCUCUCUAAGUUUUUGUCCUGCUUCUCCCAGGACACGAAAAAAGGAGCAGUAGCAGAGAUCACCGGCAAAGAAGACCGUUACCACAAAAACAGGAAAUAGGAAGUGGGCAGUCCCCUCUGUGCGAGAGGGGACUGGAGUCGAACAGCUGUGGGCUCAACAGUUUUUGGAUGUUGGGAUGAGAAAACCACAUCAAAGCAGUCUGCGAGAAGAAGACGAGCAAGGGAAAAAACUGAGACGGAGAACCUGCUGGAUUCACACCUGAGGGGGGAAAAAACUCUCUACAACCUGAGGACAAAAAGGAGGCGAGAAAGACAUUUUGGUGAUAAAACUCCACACUUGGAGUGACUUGGACUUUCUUUCUUGUAUCUGUAAAGCCCAAAGUCUUAGCAAAAGCCGAGGUUGUACAAUAAUCUAAUUCUUAAAUAUUCUGGGAUCUGACUUUGGAAGUGUCCUUGGAAUUACAUCUUUUGUAUACUUGUUGAAGAGACUUCAACAGGCUUUCUGAUUCCCGGAAAAGAUUCAGUCAAAGGCUUUGGAGGAAAUAGCUACUUCAGCUGAAAUCUCUUACUUUGAUGAAAACACUUUUUUCUGGACAGAAAAAGUAGCAGGACUCAGGAACUGUUGAAUUUCCUGGAGUUAAAGUAGACUCUCAGCGUCUUCGAACAAGUACGCAAUUUUUAGAGGAUUUGGGCUUCACCAAGACAAGAGUCAAACCAGACAAUGGCGUGGCUCCAGGUGCAGACAGCAGGACUCCUUCUCACUUUGGCGCUCCAAUUCUAUGUCAUUGUUGCUCCAGACGCUGGUCUUUCUGGGGUGGUACCAGAAAGACGAGACUCAGUUGACAUUGUAAAGAAAGAGUCCCAUCCGGUGCUGGUCAGGCAGAAGAGGGCUUGGGUGUGGAAUUCCAUUUCUGUGACAGAAGAAAGAGAGGCACCCACCCCUUACAAGAUAAAACAGCUUCGGUCAGACCAAAAAGUGGCAGUGAGGACGUUUACAAUAGAAGGUGAAGGAGUGAACCAAACCUUCAUUGUGGACAACAAAGGAAACCUGUAUGUCAAGGAGCGUCUGGACAGAGAGAAGAAGGCCUGGUAUCAUCUGACGGCCAGGAUGUACGAUGGAAACGGCCUGUUGAUAGAGGACGCUGGGGAAUUUGAUAUUGAAGUGACAGAUAUCAAUGACAACUGCCCAGUUUUUCAAGAAGAGUACAAAGGAUCCAUCAUGGAGAGAACAAAGGAUACCGUAGUUCAAGUGAAGGCGACCGACGCAGACGACCCAAACACAGACAACGGACAAGUCAGGUACACUCUGCUCAAUGGCCGGACCUCUGGUUUAUUUGAAAUCAACUAUGAAACAGGUGUGAUCACCACUAAGGUAAGUAGCCUGGACCGGGAGACAAAGAGUCAAUACGUGGUGGUGGUCCGGGCUCAGGACAUGAAAGGAAGGGAGUCUGGCUGCAUUGCCACCACCUCAGUAGCCAUCACCAUCACUGACGCCAAUGACAAUAUAGCGUCUUUUACCAAAAGAAAAUAUGAAAUAAGUGUCCCAGAAAACCUUAAAGUUAAUGAGAAGAUUGGCAUCCUGGAGUUAAUAGACUUAGACGAGGAUGAGAACAAGCAGCCCAUCUUUUCUAUUCCAAGUGGCAAUGGGAAUGUAUUCAGCACCAAACCCAGUAAGGAUAACAACUGUAUACUGGUGCUCAAACAGGCUUUAGACUACGAGACGCGGAACGACUACACCUUCACUGUCGGUGUGGAUGAACGACUACAAUUUUCUCCAGCAGAAAACCUCAACAUCGCAAAUAUAACGGCACAGGUGACCAUCAAGGUGACCGAUGUGGACGAGCCGCCAGUUUUCACUCACUCCAUCUACAACUUCAGCGUUCUAGAGGAGCAGAUGGAAAAAACAAUAUUGGGGAGACUCCAAGCCAGAGACCCAGAUGGAGUCAGGAAGCGCAUAGAGUACUCCAUCCUGGAAACGGGCUUACCCUUUAGGAUCGACCCGACCUUGGGUCAGCUGUCGGUUCUGAAGAGGCUGGACAGAGAGGCGGAGGAGCAACACAUGUUUAAAGUUAAGGCGCAAGAGGAGAAUGGCGGCCUGGCGUCAUUUGCUGAGGUUUUUGUAACGGUUCUGGACGUCAAUGACAAUCCACCUGAACUGAUUGCCAAUGAUAUCUUUGUGUGUGAGAAUGACGUCAGAAACACGGUGAUCGGUAACUUGGGAGCCUCGGACAAAGACGAUCAAGCAGCUAUCUUCACUUUCAGUCUCGCUCUUCCCAGCUCCAACUUCUCCAUCAGAGACCACGGCAAUAACACGGCUGCUUUACUGGUGAAGGAGGGCCCCUUCAACCUGGAGGAUUCCAGUGAUUACAGUGUGGAAGUGCGCAUCAGUGAUGGAGGCCAGCCUCUCAUGAGCAGCAUCACCAAACUGCAAAUCAAGUUAUGCCAGUGUGACGCCAAGCGAGUUUUUUCAAGGUGUAAGGCCAGUAUGCAGAGGAUGGGGGUCAGCGUCCACGCCCUGAUUACCAUACUGCUGUGCAUACUGACCAUACUGGUGAUAGUGAUCCUGUUUGUGAUGAGGAAACAUUACCAGAAGGAUUCUUUGGCCAGUAUGAAGAACAAUGGUGAGAUCCAUGAGCAGCUGGUCACAUAUGAUGAGGAAGGAGGAGGAGAGAUGGACACAAAUGGCUACAACGUUUCAAUUCUCACCUCAGCGUGUAAUGACAGCUCCUUGCUCCGCCACCCCGACCGCCGCUCCCACCCCUCCAUGUACGCCAUGGUCCAGAAACCCCACCACCUCUCUCAGCCCACAGCCUGCAAAGGUGACAUGGCAGCCAUGAUCGAUAUGAAGAAAGACGAGGCCGACCACGACCGAGACGGAGUCCCGUAUGACACUCUACACAUCUAUGGCUACGAGGGACCAGAGUCUCUGGCAGCAAGCCUCAGCUCUCUGGACAGUUCCUCCUCAGGAUCAAACGUGGAUUACGACUUCCUCAAUAACUGGGGGCCGAGGUUCAAGGCACUGGCUGAGCUGUAUGGCGUGGAUGGUGCCGACUACUACCAUCAGUACUGAGAGAAAACGUGAGAAUCCCCUCUGCCCCGCUGAGUGCCUCACAGGUUGUGCGUCGGUGGUUGAAAACAGCCAUAGAAAUAGGACGGACAGAAAACAGGAACAUCUAUUUACAGUAGGCAGACAGCCAAGCGUCCCCAACACUUCGACAAACACAAUUUUGUUUUUUACUCUAUCACGUGUGAUUCAGCAAUCCAUUUGUGUUUGUGUCUCUUAUCUAUUCACUCAUAAUCACUAAGCAACCUUCAUCAAAAUCCGGGAGGUUCCAACAUGAUGAAUGAAGGUGACAUCAACAAAUAUACCAAUUUUCAUCUGGUUUUUAUUUGUGAUCGAACAUCGGAGCACCCUAUGGAUCCAACACAAGAUUCAGCAAAUGGUCAAAGAACUUGCAGAAGAGGAUUUAACCUUUCUGUUUCACCUGAAAACAGAUGCUAACAGAUGAAAGGCUGUAGAAUUUAGCCAGUCAGAAUUAGCAAAACCAAAGCACUGUCAUUUUAAAACAACUCCAAUAUUUGCUAAUGCUAAUGCUAUUUUAAUGAACCUUUAAACAAUAGUACAUUUGCAUUGGGUCAUUAUGCGUUAAAAAAAGAUCUUCCUCAGUGAAAUUUACUUUGAAAAUGGAACAUAUUGCGUUACUGUCUGGAGUAAAUAUGUGGUAAAAGUGAGUCUAUAAAUAAUUAUGUUACAGCAAUGGAUAUGAUUUACUGAUUGACUGGGUUUUGUUCAGGGAACUAGCCUGCAGGCUGCUGCUUGUUGGUUUUAGUGUGACAAGUGUCAUUUUAAAACUAUUUGACCUUUCUAAGAGGUGUGGGUUUUUUUUUAUGCUCUAAAAAACUUCCCAAAAUAAGACUUUCUUUGGUUUCUCACUGAAGGGCAGAGAGGCCAUAGGGAUGGUGUGAUAUAAAACUGUUGGUGUUUUAAAACUUUAACUUUUGUAAUUGUUUGUAUACCUUGUAAACCUAAUCAGAACUGAUCUGGGAUCAUGGAUUUGUUAAUGUUAGUCAUGUUCUUUGUAUAUGCUUUUACUCCAAUAUGAAGCAACAUUUUUGGUUACGCACAAAGUGUUGCUGAUAAAUUCCUUUUUCUUCACCUAUUCAAAAUUUGAACAAGUUUUCUAAAUAUGAACACAUUCAAAAACUCUUGGAUUUGAUAUGAUUUUAUAUGAAGGAUGAAACCAUAUAGGCUUCCCAAAAUUUUCAACAUGGACUCUUAUCUAAGAGAAGAAGUCUUAUUGGUUUCAGUCCUAUUUGGAAUAUAACACACUCCAAGUGAAAGCAACGCUUUUCUGAACUUUGUUAUUUUCAAAUAGGAUUGCUUGGGGAUUUUAAUGUGCAAAAAAAAAAAAUCACAGGAAUUUGAGCUGUAAGGGUUUGGAGGUGUUUGAUCACAGCGAGGUGCCAGCUGGCUUUUCUUUAUCUGAGACAUUAUUAACAUUCGUCUUUGGGGAAUGUUUGGCUCUGAGCUCCCACUGAGAUGUCCAGUGGGUUUUCACAGUGAUAUUUAAUGUCUUCAUGGAGGAAAGUCAUUUUUCUUCUUUUUCGCUCAUCAUCGGGUGUCUGAGCAGCAGUCAUGUUUAACAGUUAAAAUGAGUUAAAUUUAGCCCAUGUUUUGAUUUUUAUGGGCUAAAACCUGAACAGAAACCCAGUUUGGAAGGUGGUGUGUGCCUUCAUGGGCCAGACUACCUCUGUGCUGAAAGAGAACAAAACUAGACAAUAGAAAGACAGAAAGGAAAUGGCUCUACUGCUGCUCUGACAGAAUUACAGCUUGUUCCUGGCUUUUAUUUGACAGAACUAAUCACAGUUAUUGUUGUGAUGAAAGCUGAGUCCUCAGAGGCAGAGUCAAACAAACCGAAUUGACUCAGAUAAGGAAGCACAGAGCAGCAGUAGCAGCUUAUUGGGCUGCAGUGAGGUGCUUUGAUAACUUUAACCUCUCCGCCUUUUUGGCUUCUGUCCGCUCAUCAAACCUCCAACCUAAAAUCAGUUUUCUUUGGCUGAUUAUUGAUCUGUGGCUCAGAUUUCUUUCUAAGAAAGCAUUCAAAAUAUUUUUGACUUCCUGAAAUGAGUCAGUAGUUCAAGUGAAAGAUGGUGUCGUCUCACCAUGUGUGAGAGAGAAGUCACUGCAAAACAAAAUUUUUAUGUUAUUUGUACAAAUGCACCAUAUCAGCUUCUGUAUCGGACGAUAUUUGUCAUUUUUUAGCAUAUCAGUAUAGGUCUGAUAAAUGCACAUUUUCAUAUCGGUUCAUCCUUAAAAACUUUUUAAUCAAAUUAUUACAAAUUCCCAAUUUGAGCCAUAGACAACAACCUGCUAAGUCACCAUGUUAAUUAAGCUAGCUGUUUUUGCUAGAUCAGCAAAACAGCUGUCUACAUUUGUAUUCCCCUGACAAUCUCCCAACUUUUCCUUAAAGAUUUGACAGACGCUGCCAUUAUUUCCAAAUACUCCAUGAUUCCUGAUCAGCUUUGCUGUAAACACCUGAGCAGCUUUGUUGUAGCCUUUCUGUUAUCUCCUGAAAUGGUCUGUCUCUUUGACUGUAAACAUGUCACGAUAGUGGCUACAUGUAUUCAACAUGCUGAAUACACCGCUUCUGCUUAAUUAAAUUCUUACAACUCUGUUGUGCUUUAAUUUGAUUUCAAAUACUUUGAUACUGCAAGCUAGCUACUAGCUGUCUUCAUUCAGUAAUAACAUCCACACCAAAGUGUUUUGACCUCAAUGUGACUUGGCAGGUCGUUCGUCCUGCCAAGUUUCUGCUUGGUGAGUUACUAAUCAGAGCCAAACAAGCUGAAAUUCGUCCAAUUCUGGUCUCAAGUCACUUUCUUGUUGCAACUUUUGUUGACUUUUAGUGCAGUUAUAGAAAAUAAGAAAGACUUUGUAGGGUACAAAAUGCAGUUUUAAGGAUCUUGAAGGCUUUACUGCCUUUGUUAUUUGUCCAAGUUUAGUGUUCAGAUUUUUUAUUAGUUUAUUUUAACAAUAAAUAUAAAAGUGGAAGACGCAUAGCUAUCGAUGCUAAAUUCCUCCUUCUCUUAUUAUUGCCACUUAUUUUUUCCACGCCUUGCAAAUGCACUUUAAUGGAAAUAUGAUUCAGUCACUUUGCUAAAAACAUCAACGAGGUGACAGAAAAUCAAUAGAUAAAUGUUUGGAGAAAGAGCUCUUUGCUCUUUCUCCAAACAGUUUAUAUGGAGAAUGAAAACUAAACAUAAGGUCACAUUUUUAUUUUUGUGUUUAGUUUUAUGCUGACAUACAAAUCAAAGUUACAAAUCAAAGUCUCGACUAAUCCAAUCCUGUUUGAACCUCACAGAUUACAUUUAAAGUACAUAUUUCCAUCUGAAUAACUGGUAGCAGCAAAUCAUUCAAAAUGUCUCUCUCUCUUUUUUUUGGGACAUUUUGAAUUAACUUCCUCUGCUGGGUUUCUGGCUCCUGGGUAACUGGAGUAAUCAGGAGUAACUGCUGAUUAACCCUGGCCUGAGAGCCCGGCUAUUACUCAUUAUUUAAAUAAUAACAGGCUGGUCAUAAAUGAUGGCUUCUGCCAUUAAAAACGCAUUCAUAACCAGCCAUAAAGCAAAAAGGUCACCAACUGUGCAGUGAUGACAUCACACCGUUGUUCUGAAAAUCCAUUUUGUGCGUUACUGAUGGCUCCUUUGUUUAGAAAUGCUUUAGUUUAUUUGUUCUGCUGUUUAUUCUGUUUUUCUUGGCCUGCAGUGCUUCUUUAAAAGCCGGACCUGCUGGGAAUGUCACAGGAUAAACGUGGGAACAAUAGCUAGAAGCCAACUCUUUGAUUACUUCACUUUUAUAUUUAUAUACAAUGAGAGCAACCUUACCAUAUCUUCCCCUCACCCCCCUUCUUUGUCCUUUAAUCAGCUAAAACAGCGGACACGGCUUCCUGUCCAUCUGGGUGCUGGCCCCGCCCCUUCCUGUCUGCAUUCUCUUGUAUUAUGUUGGCUUCCUGUUAAGAGGAGGUGGGAAGUGUCUUGCAGGGGAAGAGGGAGCGAUUUGAGUAGAAACACAGGAUGAGGGGAAGAGACGGGGUUAGGGCAGGAUAAGGAGGGACAAGGGGAGAGGAGAAACACUACUACGUCUGAUGAAAUACUGGGGCAUAACGCAGAAAACAUGGAAAAAACCCUUCUUUAUGAAGCAAUACAUUUCUUUUCAGAAAUCUAAAUUUCAAAUUAAUUUUUAAAAUGUGAGAAAUUAUCAUGAAAUAUGCAUGAAAAUUUAAACAGUUUUAGGCCAUAAAAACAAAAGGACCAAAGAUGGGAACAAAACACUGGACUGGAGCUUUUUUUUUAAAGGUUUUAUUGGCUCUAGCCUUUAUUUGAUAAUGAAUUGAUAGGAAGAUAGGAAAUGAGAGAAAGAGACAUACGGCAAAGGUCACCAGGCCAGGAAUCAAACCUGCGAUGAGGACAAAGGCCUCCUUAUCUGGGUUGUGCUCAACCCCUGUGUCACCAUAGCACCCCUGGGCUGGCGCUUUAAAAUCCCUACAAUCUGUCAGUGUUAUUUUGACAUAUUUUAGAACUCACUACGCCCUUUAAUCUGUCAUGUAUUGUCAUCAUUUAUGUAUUUACACUUGUUUUUGAAAACAAUGUGCAUGUCUAAAAAAAUAGAAAAGGAUUGGCCAGACACCACACAAGUUCAGUAUGUUUUUUUUUUCAUCAAGAAAUGUUUGCUGCAUCGUUUUAGUGCAGACAAUGUAAAGAUGUUUUUCAAAGAUGAAGAUGAGAUAUUGUAUGCAAAUUUUGUUUUAUAAAUGUGAUUUGUGUGUUAGUGUAUGCACUUGGUUCGAGUGGUUGUUUCACAAACCGCAGAGAUUUGUGAAACACAACUUGAGAAACGUUUUUAUUUUCCGUAAAAAUCUUAAGAGAAAUGAUGGGAUUUUUAAAUAUGUCAUGGCAAAAGCAGUUAACAUCUCAUUAAUGUUAGUAUAAAAGCAAAUUAGUUGGUCUUAGCGGAAGCUAACGGCUAAUCCAAGAAGACUAAAGGAGACUACAGUGUGAAAAGUGUCCUAAUGCAAACAUUAUUUUAAAACCUUUAAGCCAAAAUGUGAAUGCUCAUGUCAAUACAUGAGCAUUCACAGAUUAUUAAAGAAGCCACAAACACGUAAACGUGGAGGUUAACAUUUUGUGAAAAUGGUGACUGAAAACCGCUUUUGUUUCUAGUUCUACUUGAUCUCAGCUUCAGCUGGUGAUUAACUUUUCUCUCAUAUCUUGACUUUCUAGUGAGUUUAUUGGUCAUUUUUAGAGACAUUUUUUUAAAUGUUUUUUUGAGACAUUUCAAGUCAAAGAGACAACUUAAAUGGAGAAGCAUUGUAAAAAUCUAUGGAGUUCACUUGAGCUGCUGUAAUUAUUAUUUUUGCUUUUUACAUUAUAUAGACAGCUAUACUGUAACUGGAAAUACCAUUUUCAUUUUGUUUGUGUUUCACAUAGGAAGAUCAUCAGUGGUGCACAACCUCCAACCUCUAUUUGUUGUAAUAAUCAGCGAUUUCUGUGUAAAUAGUUACCAUAUCUGAAACAUGACUAUGAUUUGAAGGUUGAUAAAAUAGCUUUUGCAUAAACUGCCUUAAGAUUUUUUAAAAUAUUAGUUGUUUAAACUAAUAAAAGCCCACUUUUGUCUUGGUCUGCCUUUAGUUUGACCUUUUGUUUUAAGAUGACUUUAUAGUAAAUGAAGAUACUAAGAGUUAUUCUCUCUAACCUUUCAACGUAAGAGCUCUUCAAAAACUAUCCAUUAAAAAUAGUUAAAACAGUUUUAGGAUAUUAAUGGUGUUUCUUUUGUCUUUAAAAAAACUCAGCUUGGAUUCAGACAAUGAAGACAAAUGUCUCAGGAUGGGAUCCAGGCAAAUAAAGUUUUACAUUCAUAACAAAACAAGUAACAUCUCUAGAAUUGAUGACACUGGUCUAAAGUGAACUUAUUUGAAUUUUUUGCGCUUUCCUCGAGGGAUUUUACUUUGAGAAAUUACUUUAUUUCUAAAUUUGGCAUUUUUUUAUUUCUGAAGAAAAAAUCUACAGAAAAUUGCAUGAUGUGAAGAAUAGGUAUCUAGCCAUAAUGAUUAGUUUUAGUCUCCAUUGCAUUCAUAUAGUGUUAAUCUCAUAAAAGCAACAAUGAUUUUUUUCUUUAUAUAAAUAUGGAGGUUUGUAGGGGAGGACCAUGUGCCUUUAUUCUUAAAAGUAAAGAAAAUUGUUUUUAUGGUUAACACAAUGUUUUAUAUUAUUUCUAUGGUGUAUAGCAGCUACUUUUUAUUACCUGCCAUUAUUUGUAAGUGUAGAAACAAAAUAAAUGGCAAAAAAAUCUC